GAUUAGGUAGAAAUCAGUAAAAGAUAGAAUUAUCUUCCCAAACCCUAAGUUCUCCCUAUCUCCUAAUUUCUCUUCUUCCCUAGUCCAAGGCUUCGGCCGAUUCUUUAUUCUGUUCUUCCUCUCCUAAUUCCAAUCUCAAUCCCUAAUUCCGUUCUUUAAUCCCUAAAUCCCAAUUCCAUCAUUCGAUUGAUAGAAUCCUAAAACCAGGUUCUAUCAUUUGGUAUCAGAGCCAUGGUCAUAGAUUUGAGUUCAUCACAACUCUCGCCAUGGAAUUGUUAUCAGAAACUCUAUCACGCGUUUGAAGCUCUCUAAAUCAGCCUGGCAAAAUAUGAAGCUAGCAGGGAAGCUCACAACAACAAUAUGAUGACAUGUCUGGAAGAAAUUCUAGCCAAGCUCGAGCGUCGCGCGACCCACCGCCGCGCGACUCGCAGCCAUUUAGAAUCGACGGCAAGGGAUUCAUCAGCACUAGCCACCGUCGAAGACGCUCCUGCUGUUGCGGAGUUCGCUCUUGUCGCAGUGGAAAUCGGUGCAAUUGGAGCAGCUCCUCAACUAGCUGCUGCAGACAACGACGUAGCGGAAGAGCAGUCCUUGACCGCGGGCGAGGAGCCACCCAAGGAGGCUAAGGCGACUCAGCAACCACCACCGGCAGCGGCUAACAUCUCCGUCGUAUUUCUCCGAGAUAUUGUCGAGAAAGGAGAUCCGGAUACCGCUAACAAGGACGAGCAGCAGCUACUUCCGACCAUUUCCGCAACAACUGACCACGUCGUCUCAUCAGCAACACCCACCAACAUUGCGGCAUCCUCAAGGGUCGCAAUUUCCUCGACUGGGAUUGACAAAUCGUGCGCUUAGGAGACCUCACCGGAUCUGAAAUUGUGUGAGGCAUUGCAGGUAAAUUUCGGUGAGUCCGAAUCGCUGCUGAUGAUGGAAAAUGGCAAGGAGAACUGGAAAUUUAGGAAGAGGAACCAAAGGCCACGAGGGAGCCUUGAUAUCAAGCAACAAUGUCAUAGGGAGAAGUCAACAAUGAUGGAAGAUGGCGUCGGAAGAGAGAGGUCGGCGUGGAAUGGACAACGCGGAAAGGGGAUGCUAGGCCACGAAGUGGAAUCGUCCAGAUCGGGAAACGGGCGAGGAGUGCGACGAUAACCUGGUCGUCGGGUGGAUGGCUCGCUGACUGAACGGAGAUGAUAACUAAACCGCCGGAGAGCUCGUCGCUAGAGGAGAAGAAAGAGAGAGGGAAGCACCGUCAGGGAUCCUCGAUGGCGGCUCGCACGUGGGGUGCUCUAGAGAUGGAAAAAUAGACCAGCCCGUUAGAAAAACCAUGGUCUAAACCGUACCGCACAGUUUGGUCUGGACCGUAGACCGUUAAGUAUGGUCUGGUCUGGUCCGUGGUCUGUAUUAUUUUAUGUUUUGAUCUCUUGGUCUGGUCUGGUCUAGACCGCGGUUUACAGGACCAAACCGUGGACCCAACUGACUUGUCAAUACGUGUUAACAGCCCAUUCGACCACUCUCCCAACUCCCACAGCGACACCAAGUCUCAACCUUAGUUUUGAUCUCGUCCCUCUUUCAUUCACAACCACAUUUAACCAGAGAGUAGAGAUAAUUGUGUCUCCAUAUGGCAUUAUGUUAAUGUUUACGACGUUAUGGUGCAAGUUAUGAUGCUUUUACUUUGUAUCUUUGUUAUGUACUAGGAUUUAGAGUAUCAAAUUUAUGCAUGCAUGUUAGGAUUAAUGUUUUAAGGCAAAUAACAAUUAUUUUUCUUGGUUGGUUCAAUUUUUUGUGUGGUCUAUCUGGACCAGACCAGACCGAACCAGACUGCACAGGGGUGGUCUGGACCAGACCGUAUAGUAUGUGGUCUGGUCUGUGGUCUAUACUUUAGCCUCUCGGUCUGGACCAUAAACCAUAUAUAUGGUAUGGUCUAGACCAGACCGCACCGUUUCCCAGCCUUAGGGUGCUCCACUUGGGGAGCCGAUGGGCAGGUCGGCGACGACAGGAGGCUCGACUGGCCGUCGCGGAAGCUCUUCGCCGCCAAAGGAGCCGCCGGAAAAGGAAGGGGAAGAGGACAACGUCACUCCUCUUAGAAACCCUAGCCGGCGCGCUUUGAUGGGCGCCGCACAGCAACAACAACAAUUGUGGUCUUUGGGCCGGAGGAUUUGGGUCGGCGCGGGUCAGGACAGUUGAAAGUGGACCGUGACAAAUGGGCCGCGAGUCUGAAGAAGUCAAGAAGAAGUGUGGAGAGGGAUGAUAAGCAGUGCAGAUCGAGAACAGACCUUCAAGGUCGUAUGACUUGUGAGCAGAGUUUCGAUGGGCUUGCUCUGGGCUAGGGAAGUCAGCGAGGCGGGCCAAGGACCAAGCAAGGUUUGGGGUCACAAGGCCCAAUUCUCGGACCAUACAUGAGUUGUCUUUCUUGGGCUCUUCUGUAUGGAGUGGGCUUGAAAGGAAAGGGAGAUGAACUAGUGGGCUUAAGUGGUGGAGUCUCAAAGAAGUAUGGGCCAGGAGCAAUUCAAGAGACAACUAAAGAAGUUGAUGGGCUAGCAUCAAGGAAGAUCAACUCUAGUCCAUAUUUUCGAACUCUUAACAGGAUUAGACAUGUAUGGUCCAUCGGCAUGGUGUUUGAAGUCUUUGAGGGAUUGAUACUCUAGGAGGAAUUCUUGUACAAGACAGAAGCAAAUAGUGGGGCCAUGGGAGUGAAGUUCGAAGAGUUGGACCAACACAAGAAGAUCGGUGCAAGAGGCCCAAGUGAAGAAUUGGAGCACGAUUGGAAGAAAAGGAAGCGCAAGAAGUGGAUGAGUAAAUGCGUGGGUUGCAC